AUGAGAAGCAUAAACAAGAACAUGCAAAGACCAAUGUUUAAGAAGAAGAGUAGAUUAUCCUCUUCUUCAACCAUAAAAUCACUCCCGAAAGAAUUAUUGGUGGAGAUAGUUGCAAGUGUAGCCUCUCAUUCAUUCAUUGACCUCCACAACGUGAAGAAGAGUUGCAAGGAUCUUCUUGAAGCUGCGGAAGACAACUAUGUUUAUCGACGAGUCUCUCUGGAUAAACUCUCCUUCAUCCCAAGGUCUUCCAACGAUAAAGAAUUGUCAUUCUUAAAGCGUUGCAAAGAGAAUCAAAACACAGAGAGCUUGUAUAGAGAAGGGUUGCGAGAAUGCUUAGGGAAUGAGAACACAGAAGGUCUUAGACUUUUGGAUAUGGCGGCUAAAGAGGGUCAUAAAGAAGCAAAAUAUGUGUACGGCAUGAUCUUGUUGUGUUCAUCAAGACAAGAUGAAAAGUUGAUCGAAUUAGGAUUACGGCAUUUGCGUUUCUUGAGAGAGUCUAAGUGUGUUGUAAAAACAAGGAAAAAGGUAGAAGAAUUCGUUAGAAUAAUAAUAUGGAAAAACAAGAGAAUGGUUAUUAGUAGGAUAAAUAGAAAAUUACCUUUGUGUCCCUUCAAGAACACAUGCAAAGGAUGGAGAGUGAAGAAAGGACGAUGGACACUACAUGAUGAUGACGACGACGAUAUUGUUAUUGACUCGUGUGAAUAUUGUAGAUGGGAUUACGAGUUAAAGUUUUUUUAUAGGUUGAUGAACAUCAAUUAG